AUGGGCUACUUCUGGCCAGACCUUAAAAACAACGUCGCGUUGAAACAGGUGAAUAACCAUGUUUACUACAAGGAUAUCAACAUAUUUGUGGAUAUAGUUAAAGACGUAACAUAUACAGGUAAGGAGAUGGUGAAAGCCAAUAUUUGGUCUCUUAGAAAACGAGUCUCGCUGACGCCGGAACGGAAUGCCACCAUUUCGAUACUGUUUGAGAGUGCCCGUCCAAUCGGGCGAUUGGGGUUCGGCGGGUUCAUUGUGGGGGUCCGUAUUUAUGCUUCCGCUCCUCAGUUGGCUAUAUUUGCAAGAUUUUUCAGCAUUCACAUUCAGUCCAACAAUUUGCCAUCAGCGAUUGUUCCAGCAGCCAUGGAGCGAGUUAGGAAAACCUUCUUCGACCCUUUGGCGACGUCUAAGGCUCGGAUUCGAGAGUCCUUAGCGGGACUUCCUGUCGGCUCUGCACACCCUUUCAGCCCGGAGCGCAUUCUUCUUUGUCGGACAGAGAGCGGCAUUGAUGAAAUUGAUGUCUCUUCCUAUCCAGAAGGCUUUUUUUUCAGUGCCGUGGAUCUGGGGGAGAUGGGCGAGAUCCUUUUAAGACGAAUGGCUGGCUUCCGGUCUCAUCUGAGCGUAUUUGAGGACUUCCAUAUCCAGCAAGCACCAGCUUUAACUUUCAAGAUCCCAAUAGUCUCAGGGCAAAUUACGAUCUUGGCAGUCUCUGAAAGAACACCCACUUACUAUGACUUCUGCUUCGCCGACGCAGACUGUAACGCGUGUUGCUGGCUUGCAAGGAAAACAUUUCCCGGCAUAACCCAUAGUGGCGAUAUCCUCAAUAGGCAAGAUCUCCUAGAUUAUGUCACCGUCAACAAGGACUCUCUCACAGACAAAGAGAUCUGCGUCUUCAUAUCAGGCUACCAGACUACGCAAAUCACAAGGUUUCUAGGAACAAACCCUGCACUGCUCGUUGCCAAUCAUGUAGAUAAGGUUCUCUACAUCAUCCCUGUACCGUUGGACGCAGCGACAAUUAGAGACGCGACUAUCUGCUGUCCUUUGGUAAUAAAGCGUGAUGGAGACUCGUUGAUCUGUUCAAUACUGCCAACUGCAACCACAGACCGAGACAUGAUGUGCUCCAGCGACAAGUUGGUGAGCCCUGCCUUCCCGGAGGCGAUUAAGCGCGCCGACUUCACUAUCUCUUUGCCUCAGCCAACCGUCACACGAGUCGCAGUGGAUGACCCAGGUAAAGAAGAUACGGGCUUGGAUUCAGAAAGUCUGCGCAUGAUCAUCGCCAAAGAGAAUGCUGUCCUCACCACAAAUUCGGCCACAUUGCCUUCAUUCCUUGCUUUGGAAAACACACAGAUCAUAAACUUCGGCACUGGUAUUGCGUUUGAGCUACCAAAUGAGAAGCUGCCCAGUAAAAUUCAGCCAUCCGCUGUUGUCCUACCCUGCAUUUUUGGUUCUCAGCUUCAAGGCCCAGCGCUGUUGGCCACAGGAACAACCCCCUCAAAUGUUCCAUUUCUCGACGAAACGGCUCUCCGCGACUACUAUGAGCAGCUCAAGAAUAUUGUGGUAAUUGUUGACGACCGAAUGACAGAUAAUGCCCGUAAUCUCGCAACUUCCUACAGGAUCAAUGCACCCUUUAUCGUGCAACUCAACCCGGAAAAUGAACCCAAGAAUACUGACGAUGUCCUGUCGUUGUUGAAUUCAGCCAACAUUAAUGCGGUAACAGCACUUGCAGGACCACAGUCCUUGGUUCUGGUUCAAGUCUCUGACAAGUAUUACUUCUAUAGAGGCCUUGCUAAUCGGGCCCACCUUAACACGUCCAGUCUAGUGUUUGGUUCAGAUGUAACAUCCAUACUCGAGUCUGUAGGAAUAGACUCCAUGAUAUAUCCAGGAGUAAAACGAAUAGUUAACCUUGACGAUUCAAAUACGAUCAUCCUCCCAACCUCGGGGCAGUUCAUCCUGCCUGGCGAUCUUCAGAAGCUGAUCGAAGAGCUUCCAGUCGAAAAGGUCCAUGACAUGGAAGAAGAUAUAUCCGCAGUAGUUACACAGCUACAAUCGCUUUUGAACCAAAAAGAUCUGCUGGAACUCUCCAAAGCCUUGGUGUCUGCAUUCUCCGCAAACGUCAGCAACGUGACGGCUCCAUUGCGGGACGCCUACAUCACGUUCCUGGCACAGGAAUACAAAAUGGAAGAUCCAAAAUUGGUCCAAAGGAAGAACGCAUUACUUGGAGAUUUAAGAAAGAGCACGAAGGAGAUGCAAAAGGCUCUUGAGCCGGCGAUUUCAAGCUUGGCCAACAUGAUGUCUUCUCAGACGACUUCGAAGCGAACACACGAUCUGAAGCGACUUGUUCGGCAAGCCCAGAUUCAGGGAAAUGUCGAGGCCGUCAAGUCCAUGACUUUCGACACUCUGGCGGGAUAUCUUGAAACAUAUGCGGCAGAGAUGGGUGUCAUGCUAUUGAAUAUUGAGACCGUGCCAUAUCGCCAGCUGUUGGGUAACUUGAAAAAUGCGGCCAUUGAUGCCAGUCAAUGUUGCGAGCUUGACUCGAGAGUUCUGUAUCUCGAAGGAUUUGACGCUGGGAUAAUCAUAGAGCAGUCGCAGGGCAACCAUACUGGCCCGCUUCGAAGCCAAGCCGGAUCCUCCCAGCCAAUUUUGGCGGUGCCUUACCUGAACCAAGGAAAAGGGAACGGAUCCAUGCUAGCUUGGGUCUGCUGGGAUGAAUUUGUCAACCUCAAAAGCCCUUACACUGUCAGAUGGAUGGAGAAAUGCAAUGAAGCACACAUCGCUGCGCUAAGAAUCAUAAUGAGACAGACUAUCAGUCAAGCAGUGGCGUCCCGAGAGCACGACAUUCAACCUGGCAGCCCCGAGACUGGUCAUCUUAUGAGCGCAUUGUUGAUGGCGGCCAUGACGAAACUCGCCGCGAUGAGGAUAAGUGCACCAGUUGUGUUAGACACGGCCGAAGAUACUGUCACACGAUUGAUGCGAGGACUCUUUGGCAAUCUGUUGACAAUAGCGGGCUCAGGGGUGCGUCCUCUAAGCAUGGUCUGGCAGCUAUUUGGUCUGAAUCCGCAAUACGACAUUCCAAAUAAAGAUGCUGAGUGGAUUUGGUACGAAACCGUCGUCGCCUUAUAUCCUUACACAGGCUGGCCUCUGAAGCAGUUCUACGUGAACCUGGAGAAGCUUCUUGACAAGGUCAUUGUCCGUGUGGUCACCAAGAACGAAAAACUGGCCGAGAUCAAAUUAAGCCGUACAGCUGAACUGGUCAGAUAUUGCAAGCUCCGAAACAUUCAGCUCGACCAUUCUCGCACAAUUAUUACCGCUUUUAUGCGAAUGCUGACAACAGAGAAUAUGGACAUCGCGGCCGUUGCAGCACGUCUGUUAGAGCAGCUUCCACAAAAGUUGGAGAAACAGUCUCGAAGCUACACAAGAAUGAUCAAGUAUCUCGAGCAUCUCGCCACGGGAGGUCAACGGUGCGUCCAUGACGACCUCGUUACCGCCAACGUUUACACCAGGCGCUCAGCUGCCUUCAGAGAACUUAAGACUGAGGUGUCAGAAGCGUGCGGGCGCAAUGAUUGGACUAAGAUGAAGGAGUCCUGUCAAGCGCUGGUGGACAAACAUGCUGAGAUUGCUGCUCUCUGGCAUGUCUCUCCUGAAUUAUUGAAGAUUCAAAACAUAAAGGUCGAUGCAGAGAGAAGCCGUGUUCCUUGGCAAGUGGGGAAGAAAGGUCAAUUCGGUGACAACAUUGAGCCCCUCAAUGAGGCCUUGCUCCAUGAAAUUCUGACGGGGGAGAGGCAUGGACCUGUCGCAACCAUCGAUUCGGAUGAGAAAGUAGCCGCAACGACAACAGCUAUAGUUGAGCAGAACACAGACGAAGAAUUCUCCCAAUUCAAAUCGUCACUACAACCUCAUUUCAUCGCCACAAUGCAGAAGAGCCUGACGGCUGAAGAUGUCUGCGGUAUUACCAAGAUUCCUGUUACCGCAAUGCGUGUUUUCAUUAAAGCUCUUAAUCCUGAGUUUGUAUGGGAGGAUUUGGGGCAGAACUUCAAGGCGGUAAUUCUGGGGUUAUUGAAGGAGCGGUCGAAUCGGGCGGAGAGCCGUCCUGUUCAGAAAUUGUUGGAUCUGGAGAGUGGGAAUAAGGCGUUGCAGAUUGAGGGGUGA